AGUAGAGCUGUCCGCCUUCUAUUUUAAGAUUCCGUCAGUUUUAUAUAGUUCAAGCGUAAUUUUCAUAGAAAAUUUUCAAAUUUUGUGUCAGUUACGUUUCGAUAAGGGUAACCGCCAGUAAUAUCCAGAAUGACGGACGAAUUGGAUAAAGAGCAAACUGCCCUUCUCAAGAAAGCUUUUGACACCUUCGAUGUGGAGAAAAAAGGCAGUAUCGGCACUCAAAUGGUGCGAACCAUCUUCACAAUGUUGGGUAUCACAACAACCGAACAAAUACUAAAUGAAAUUAUUGCUGAAGUAGAUACCGACGGUUCUGGUGAACUGGAGUUUGAGGAAUUCGUAACUCUAGCAGCUAAGUUUAUGGUUGAAGAAGAUGCGGAAGCUAUGCAACAAGAAUUAAAGGAAGCUUUCCGUUUAUAUGACAAAGAAGGUAAUGGUUACAUUUCAACAAAAAUCCUUAAAGAAAUUUUGAAAGAACUAGACGACAAACUGACUAAUGAUGAAUUGGAUAUGAUGAUUGCUGAAAUUGAUACUGACGGCUCAGGAACUGUGGACUUUGAUGAAUUUAUGGAAGUCAUGACUGGUGGCGAUGAUUAAUUAUCACCGUGAGAUGGAAGAAAAUAUGUACAUGUAGGUACCUAUUUGUGCGUACAUAGAUUACUUUUAUACCACAAUAUUGUAAUUGUUUAUUUUUGAUUGUAUAUAUUUCAAUAAACGAAUUGCAAUAGGAAUUUAUGUACUUCCAAAAGAAACUUCUGGGUUAUUAUUUUGUAGCU